AAAGAGGUCGUGCGCGCUGGUGGCGCCGGGUCCGGUCGGCCCGCGGGGGUCUGCACCGCGGUUCUGGACGCCGGCGCCGCAGCCGGAGCGGAACCGCUGCCAUGGGCCUCGGAGCCAGCGCCCAGGAGCCCGCGGGCGGCACUGAGGGCUUCCACCUACACGGAGUGCAGGAGAACUCCCCAGCUCAGCAGGCUGGCCUGGAGCCCUACUUUGACUUCAUCAUCACCAUCGGGCACUCGAGACUGAACAAGGAGAAUGACACGCUGAGGGCGCUGCUGAAGGCCAACGUGGAGAAGCCUGUCAAGCUGGAGGUGUUUAACAUGAAGACCAUGAGAGUGCGCGAGGUGGAGGUGGUGCCCAGCAACAUGUGGGGCGGCCAGGGCCUGCUGGGUGCCAGCGUACGCUUCUGCAGCUUCCGCAGGGCCAACGAGCACGUGUGGCAUGUGCUGGAUGUGGAGCCCUCUUCACCUGCCUCCCUUGCUGGCCUGUGCCCCUACACAGACUAUGUGGUUGGCUCAGACCAGAUCCUGCAGGAGUCUGAAGACUUCUUUACACUCAUUGAGUCCCACGAGGGGAGGCCCUUGAAGCUGAUGGUUUAUAACUCUGAGUCCGACUCCUGCCGGGAGGUGACUGUCACUCCCAACGCGGCCUGGGGUGGAGAGGGCAGUCUGGGGUGUGGUAUCGGCUACGGGUAUUUGCACCGGAUCCCAACACAGCCUCCCAGCUACCACCGGAAGCCACCUGGAGGCCCGCCACCUGGGGCCCCACCACCGGUUGCCCUGCCACCCAGUAGCCCGCCACCCCCAUCGAUCCUCCAGGACUUUCCUGAUCAUCCUGGCACUGAGACAGACUCCAGGCCGGGUGACUACACGGAGGCCCUGUUGCAGGCCCCUGGCUCCUCCAUGACAGAACGGCUUCCGGGGACUGGGAGUCCUAGCCAUGGUGGUGAUCCAGGCCGUGACCUCGGGGGACUGCCAUGUUCCAUGGAGACACCUCUUCAGCCUCCCCCCCCAGUGCAGCGAGUCAUGGACCCAGGCUUCCUGGAUGUGUCAGGCAUCUCCCUCUCGGACAACAGCAACGCCAAUGUCUGGCCCGGCCUGCCCUCUUCCACAGAGCUGGCCUCCACAGCUGUCUCGGCCUCGGGGCUAGAGGAUGUCUGCUCCAGCAGCAGUUCUCAUGAGCGAGGUGGUGAGGCCACGUGGUCUGGGUCCGAGUUUGAGGUCUCUUUCCUGGACAGCCCAGGUGUCCAGGCCCAACCUGACCACCUGCCUCAGUUGACUCUUCCUGACAGCCUCACCUCUACAGCUUCACCAGAAGAUGGGCUGUCUGCGGAGCUGCUUGAAGCUCAGGCUGAGGAGCCAGCAAACACAGAGGGCCCAGAUGUUGAGGCAGAGGCUGAGGGGGCAGCAAGUCAGGCCCAGCUUUCUACUCUGGAAUAGUACCCUGGGCUGUGACAAGGCCCCUGAUGGGAUUUAUAAGGCCCACGUGGUGGGAAGGCAGCUAGGACACCACACUACACAGCCUGGUGUGUUCAGCUUCGUAGGCCCUGCUCAGAGAGACGCGUUGGGUCGGGGGCUGCUGUGUCCACUCUAAUGAGAGAUGACGCCCUCCAACAAUUAUUCUGCCUAAUGGUCCUGGCUUUGGGGAUCGAGCAAUUGUUUGAGAAUCUCAUGUGCUUUUGGGGUAGUACUGGGCUGGGAGCAGUACCCCAGAUUAAAUAAGUUUUGCAGGAGAUGGGGUAGAAGUGAAAGAUUCUUUGCUGUUUGGGUGGGAUAUGUAGCCUCAGUGGAUAAUAAGAGGAGGCCACGGUUCUGGGGAAGGGCGUCAGGUGGCUCUGUACCCUCACUGCCAGCCAGUGCUUCUGCACCUGCCCUGAUUACCAUGGCAACAAGGUCCAGCCACAACCAGAUGUGAACAUGGACGAGGGAGGAAGGGGUUGGCGCAGAUAUGUUUGCUAAAUCCCAGACUCUCGGCACAGCUCACAGUUUAAUCUCCAUCUGUACUGGAAGGCACCCCUAAGUCCCAGUGACGUCAUCAUGGGUCCUCAUCCCAGUGUGUCACUGUGCAGGUGCUCAGGCUACCCACAUGCCAGUGACAGGUGGCCAGAGGCAGUGCACCUGCCCACCUCUCCGGGGAGAGAGGGCUUGGAAACUCUAAGCUCUUCGGCAGCGAAUCACCUGUGCUUGGCCCAUGAUGCUUCCUCCUCCCUCAGGUUUACCGCCCACAGGCCUGGUAGUCCCCGUGGCCUACCUGGCAACUCUCAAACUUACACAACCAUCUCUUACCAUGUGCAAGGCAGCCAGCCAGCCUCAGUGGCAAAUAAAAGUUGCAAGUUAAAGUUCACUAUCUUAAGCUGAUACCAAACCACUCCACACGACACACCGUUUCCAGCCCAGGAGGGAAUGAGGGGCUUGAACAAAAGUAGGUAAAGGCCCUUUUGCAGGAAGAAGGGGCUCCAUCCAAAGCAAUCCCUCAUACCUGGUGUUCUAUUCUGCCUUGGCCAGGGCCCUCAUCUUCCCCCUACUCCUUGAUGACUACCAUGAAAGACUACCAUGAACUGCCUUCAGCCUUGUCUUCCAGUUUCUAGUCAUUGAAAAUUCCCACCUUUACCUCUUGAUUUGUAAUGUCUGCAUUUAACAGGCAACUCAUAGAGCCCAUAGAAUAAGGACAACCUGCUUUUGGAGUGGGGGAGUGGGCGGGCCCAAAUAAGCUACCACUUCAAGUUUCUGGGAUUUGACACUACAUUUAAAACAAGUCCUUGUCAAGCCUACCCAGCAGCUGUGAGCCCACAGAACAGGGAGGCACUGUGCCCAGGGUCUGGCUGGAGCCUGACUGCUGGACUGUGUGGGAGCCCCGUGUCUGCAAGAACCCAGGACACAGAACAGAAUCGCCGCAGCAGUGUGCUAUGGCCAGCUCCCAGGACUGGUCGCCUGCUUGAAAGCCGCUCUUGCCCAGGGCUCCUAGUUCUUGCCUUCCUCACUUUCAGGGCUAAAGUGGACAUCAAUGCUAACUAUUUCCAGGGUAAGUGAAACCAGAAGUUUCAAUCUCUGUAAUCUGCCAUGAAGGAAAACGACAAGUGAAAAAUAAAUGUGUAUUACACUUUGAAA